AUCUGAGAAGAAACAGAAGAGAAGCACAAGUGUGUGAGCAGUGCAGGAGAAAUGGCCUGUGCACGCCCACAUAUGCACUCGCACGCAGACAUGUAGGCUCUCCAAGCACCCCGCACAUACACAGGAAACAGAAACAUCAGGAUGGAUCAGAGAUUAGGAGCUGGUGUGUAUCCCGACAGUCCGCCCAGCAGACCCAGAGAUGUGCUGGUCAAAUCAGCCUCAGCAUAUGCAGAUAUCCAGUGGGAACAGCCUCAUCAACCUGAAAUAACAUACGAUGACCCACUACGAUGCCCACGCAGGAAUAUCCUCCCUGUGGCCAGCUAUGCCCCUCAUCCCGGUUACGCACAAGGGGACGAUGAUCUCAUCAAACCCAAAAAGCUGAUUAAUCCAGUGAAAGCUUCUAAAAGCCACCAGGAGCUUCACCGAGAGCUGCUUAUGAACCACAAACGGGGUGUGGAGAAUAAACCAGAGCUCCAGCGUGUAUUGGAGCAAAGGAAGAGAGAUCAGAUGAUCAAACAGAGGAAGCAAGAGGAAGAGGCCCGGAAGAAGAUCUCACCUCUGGAGCAAGAGCUUCUCAAGAGGCACAAACAACUGGAAGAGUUGGAGCAGGAGCAGGAACGUCAGGAGGAGUGUUCUCGCAGUGCUCCCGAAUUCAUCAAGGUCAAGGAGAACUUGCGCAGAACAUCGUUCAUGAGCACUGGAGAGAAAGAGGUGUAGAGAACGAGAUCAGGAUAGAUCUGUGUGCUUCUUUCUCACUCUUUUUGUCUUUCUUACUUUCUCUGUCUUGCAAAAAUAUGUUCCUGCUGGAAAAAAAAAAAAUUUCUCCAGAACUCUGUCAACAUGGAAGACAGAAGAUGGAGUUCCAAAGCUGAAAAAAGGACACCUUGAGAUUGUCUUGAUGGAUUCAGACUUUUUUUGCAAGUCUUUUAUUCUGAGACAGAUGUGACAGUUGGAGAGGAACAUUCUAAUGGUGAUGUGUUUCUCUGCAGCGGCACCAGAGCAUCUUUUAUUAACUUCUAACUUCAGAUCUUUAUACAGUAUACAAUCAGUAUUAAUGCAUAUCAUUUGAUUCCCAACUGCCAAGUGCACUGCACAGCCCAGACAUUUGAGGAAUCGAUGGCUGAAAUACAAAGUUUUUAGUAUAUAAUCAGCACAAGUCACUUUUGUUCAUAAAUGGAAUGAAUAAUGUUUCUCACUUCUGAUAUGGCUAAGAUCUACAAGGCUCUGUCUGUGUGUGUGUGUGUGUGUGUGUGUGUGUGUGUGUGUGUGUGUGUGUGUGUGUGUGUGUGUGUG